AUGCAUCCCACGAGGCGGCUAUGUUGGUGUCUCCCUGCUUUUGGUGCAUGGGCAUUCAUGCUCACAUUCUUAAUUACAGACACCACAGCCUGCGAGUCAGAGGAACGGCUAUUUCACAAACUCUUCUCCCACUACAACCAGUUCAUCAGGCCGGUGGAAAAUGUAUCUGAUCCCGUCACAGUGCAUUUCGAAUUGGCCAUUACCCAGCUUACAAAUGUGGAUGAAGUCAAUCAGAUUAUGGAAACCAAUUUGUGGCUAAGACAUAUUUGGAAUGACUACAAAUUGCGAUGGGAUCCCAGAGAGUAUGAUGGAAUUGAAUUUGUUCGGGUACCAGCAGAUAAAAUCUGGAAACCAGAUAUUGUCUUAUACAAUAAUGCUGUGGGAGAUUUUCAAGUUGAAGGCAAGACCAAAGCCCUUCUUCGCUACGAUGGAAUGAUCACCUGGACCCCCCCAGCUAUAUUUAAAAGUUCCUGUCCUAUGGAUAUUACUUUUUUCCCAUUUGAUCAUCAGAACUGCUCCUUGAAAUUUGGCUCAUGGACUUACGACAAAGCCAAAAUUGAUCUUCUGAUCAUUGGCUCCAAAGUAGACAUGAAUGAGUUUUGGGAAAAUAGUGAGUGGGAAAUAGUUGAUGCUUCUGGCUACAAACAUGACAUCAAAUAUAACUGCUGUGAAGAGAUCUACACAGAUAUAACAUAUUCAUUUUAUAUUCGAAGAUUGCCAAUGUUCUACACUAUAAAUUUGAUUAUUCCCUGCCUCUUCAUCUCAUUCCUGACUGUGCUAGUUUUUUACCUGCCUUCUGACUGUGGUGAGAAGGUGACUCUUUGCAUCUCUGUUCUGCUUUCUUUGACUGUAUUUUUACUAGUGAUCACAGAAACAAUUCCAUCUACCUCUUUAGUAAUACCUCUCGUGGGUGAAUAUUUGCUCUUCACGAUGAUAUUUGUGACUCUCUCCAUCGUCAUCACUGUGUUUGUCCUAAAUAUACAUUACAGAACUCCAACUACACACACAAUGCCCAAAUGGGUAAAAACUGUCUUUCUUAGCCUGCUCCCCAAGGUUCUGUUGAUGCAGCGGCCUCUAGAACAGGAGAAAAAAAACAUCUCCAAAGAGACCAAGAAAGGAUCAGCCAAAGCAUCAGGCAAAGCAAAGCACAGGAAACACAAAGAUAACAAAUUACAUAAGGAGCACUGGUGUUGUCACUGUGAUAAAGCAGCUGAACUCACCUCAACCAAAAGAAGUCAACUGAGUCAUCAGUCAUUGAAAUGGAUGGCAGAGCACACAGAGUACUCCCCAGAAGUGAAAGAUGUCAUCAACAACGUUCAGUUCAUUGCAGAGAACAUGAAGUCUCAAAAUGAAACCAAAGAGGUGGAAGAUGAUUGGAAAUAUGUAGCUAUGGUGAUUGACAGAGUAUUUCUCUGGGUGUUUAUAAUCCUUUGUGUGUUUGGGACUGCUGGAUUAUUUAUCCAGCCACUAAUAGCAGAUGAAUAACUUGAGUCACUCCUUUUUUUUCCACGUAUGUUGGUAUUCCAUUUUCAGUUUGGAACUGCCCCCUGUAUUCCUCUCCUCUUAUGUCAUCCCUCAGCAUCUAGCUUCAGUGGAGAGAAGGGAAGCAAGCAAUAAUCCAAGGCAGAAUGAGAAGGGUACUGAAAAUGUGCAAUGAGCUUUUGGUCUUUCUAAGGCAGAGAGGCUGCGAUUUAUAGAGUAGCUGUCUGUCUUCUCAAUUAGAUCUUCAGUAGCAAUUGCACCAAGAAUCACUGUAGUGGGCAGAAAUUGAUUUUUUUCCCAUGGUUUCAGUUCAGGGGGCCAUUGUGAGUGAUUUGUGCUAAGAGAACAAAAGUCUUAUUUUUCUUUCCUCAUCACAACUCUUACAUUUCUUUCCUUGUACAAUGCUAGACAUCAGCAUG